GGCCACACGGAGCCGCAGUAUAAGAAUCUCCCCACAAACGCAGCCCUACCCCAGUCAAGCUACUUUGAAUAUAUUAUCUCUAUACUCUUAACUCGAUUCUAGCAAGCAAACUUUGGGUUGUUCCAUUUGCAAAUUACCUUUCCAACGCAACUUCUCACGAACCUCCACACGAACUCCACAAACCUAACCCACAUAUCGAACACGAACACAGCCGAUUCUCCAAUACUAUCGAUCAUCGCAAAGUGACGAAACCCACCAAGAUGUCGUACAACUCCUCCCAAACGUCCUACUUCGAGUCCUCGUCCUCAUACUCCUCUUCGUCCUCGUCAAACGACCAGAACCAACAAAACCCUCAAACCCAAGAAUCCGGCCACCGCGCGGCCUUCGCCUCGCACACCGACCCCCAGGGCAACACCACCGUCCGCACCGGCCACCAGAACCUGGGCGAGGAGCCUGUCCUCAAGGAGAAGCGCUUCAGUACCUCCGGGCACGAGCGCGAGAUGAUGUUGGCGGCGGGGACCCCCAUGGGCGGGGUCAAUCGGAUUCAGGAUCUGAAUGAGUCGACGGGGGAUACUUACUGAUCAUCCGGGAUUUUUAUCAGUGGCUGGUGAAUGUGUUUUCCGGGGGUGAUUUUUUUCCGAGAGGUGGUAAUGUUUUCGGGAUAUGAGACACGUCCGCCGCUGCACUGUUAUAAUCGACUUGAUACAAGCUAUUGAUGAAUCAUAUGAUAUGAAUGUAUGGCUGGGAUUUCUUUUUUUUUGUGGCGGG